AUGGCGGCCAAAAAGUUGGUCAUCAACCCACCACUCCUGAAUUCCGCCUGUCCUUGGGCCACGACUCUCGAAGAUAUCAAAGCCCUCUAUGACACCCCCUACACAGGCGCCGUGACAAUUCGAACCUCCUUGCUCGAAGGCUUUACUCACGACGACUCCGUUCAUCAAUACAUCUUCUUCACGCCCGGCAAGACCAUCCCCGGCGACGCUCCGAAAGGCGAGGCUUCGAAACCCUUGUCAUCCGACUCGUCACAACCCGUAUCAACCCUCAACACGCUGGGUUACUCCCCGCUCACUCUCUCCGAGUACCUUGGCAUUAUCAAUGAAAUUGUUGGCCAGCGCCAUUUGGGUACGGACACGCCGACCAAGAAACCGUUCAUCUUGUCCGUGACAGGAACCCCAGAUGAGAUCGCCAUGGCGUAUGCUCUCAUCGCCAACGCUGCGGAAAUGGACGAAGAUCUGCGUCUAGCUAUGGAGGUCAACCUCUCGUGCCCCAAUAUCGCGUCUGCCCCGCCACCAGCAUACGACAAGAAACAAUUGGAUGAGUACCUCGAGGCAAUAAGCGAUUCGAAAUCCACCUAUCGCGGACGAAUGGCCACGCCUGAUUCAGUGCCGAAAGUCGGGAUCAAACUUCCACCGUACACAUAUACCGGUCAAUUCGAAAUGGCCGUGGACUCUCUACGCAAUGCGAAGUCUUCCGAGCCUGGAGAAGGUUCAGUGAUCGACUUCAUCGCAUGUACAAAUACCCUGGGCAACAGCCUUCUCCUCAACUCGAACCUCGACCCAGCACUCAGCAACGAGGCGGGCAGCGGACUGGGAGGUUUGGCAGGAGCAGCACUUCAUCCCCUAGCAUUGGGGAACGUUGCCACGUUUCGAAAACUACUUGACCAGGAUCUUUCCACCAAGGGCAUCAUGAUCAUCGGCGUCGGAGGCGUGGAAGACAAGGACGGCGCGGAGAGGAUGAGGAAGGUCGGUGCAGAGGCGGUCGCCUGCGCAUCGGCGUUGGGACGAUAUGGUGUUGGUGUCUUUGAGCGCAUCACCAAAGGCGCAUGA